UUUAUCUGGCCACAUUGUUUCGUCGUGCUUUAACUAAAAACCAAUGGCACUGCGUGUUUUUAGCUUAAAUUUAGUGAAAACUAACAGGAAUCUCCUACAAAAUGGAUUCAAGUCACCUGCCCCUCCCACGGGCCAUAUGGCGCCGGCAGCUUCUUUUGCCACAGAAGUGACCGUCCAGGCUGCUCCGGCGGCUGUCCAGAAGCAGAAGGUCAGCAAGGCCAUGCGGGCGUACCUAAAGCGAGCCAACGAGCACGACGAGUUCAUGAAGACCCAACAUCUGGAGUUCCAGAUCGGCAAGCGGCACCUGGCCAACAUGAUGGGCGCCGAUGCGGAGACAUUUACGCAGGAGGAUGUUGAUGAAGCGAUAUCCUAUCUAUUUCCUUCGGGCUUGUACGAUCCAAAGGCCCGGCCUGCCAUGAAAUCGCCAGACGUGGUAUUCCCAGCACGCAAGGCCGCAGAGUUUGACGAGACGGGCAGGCCAUUCCACAGCUUGUUCUACACUGGCAAGCCCAACUUUUUCCAGCUUCUGCAUGAUAUCGUGGAGGAAACCAACAAGUUGGCAGAUUUGGAGGAGCGCAUGCUACGCCGUGGCAACAAACCUGAUGAGAACCAGAAGCUAGAAAUCGAUGGCUUCCAUCUGCUACCAAAAGAUCAGCUGGAACUCCUGCUGGUGGAGAGUAUUGCGGAUAUUGAGUACUCCAAUUUUUGCAACUCCAUGGAUCGCUUAAUCGCCUCCCCCUACGCAUACAAAAGCAAGACCUUUAUCGAACGCUUUCUGAAGCCACUGAUGGAUCAGUCCAAUCAAUUGGAGGUGCCCAAGCCAAAGAUCGAUGGUGAGGGACGCCAGUACAUCACCACCUACGAGUGCCUGCGGAAGACAGCGAGAGCUGAUGUUACUGUCCGACUGCCGGGUACGGGGAAGAUCAGCAUUAAUGGCAAGAAUAUUUCCUACUUUGAGGAUGAAAACUGCAGGGAACAGUUGCUCUUCCCGCUGCAAUUUAGCGAGCUGCUGGGCAAAGUCGAUGUGGAGGCCAAUGUGGAGGGCGGCGGACCUUCCGGUCAGGCCGGAGCCAUCCGCUGGGGCAUUGCGAUGAGUUUGCGCAGCUUUGUCGAUCAAGAGAUGAUUGAGUCUAUGCGUCUGGCCGGCCUGCUGACACGUGACUAUCGCCGCCGCGAGCGUAAGAAGUUUGGACAGGAAGGGGCACGCCGCAAGUACACGUGGAAGAAGCGCUAGACGGGCACGUGAAUCCCCCUGACUCUGGUGGCAUUUUAGUUUCAAAUGUUUUAAUAAAUAUCAAAUAUGUUAA